CCAUCUCCCAAAUCCCUACUUCCUAAUUCCUAGUGCGAGAAAACCAAAACAGCAGGAUCCCAUCUCUGAUGGCCCCCAAACCAGAUACCCAAUCCCUCACUGCGGGAAACCUAGCGGAUACGGCGGCACAAACCUCCAUGGACCCCUUGUUCCACAUCCUCAAAGUCUUGCCCUACUCCUUCCUCCGGCCGCCACGACUCCGCCUGAAACUCCCAUCCCUCACCCUUCCUUCCCCCAUGACCGUCUUCGCCCUUGUCUUGCUCACUUACUUCAUGGUGGUCUCCGGUUUUGUCUACGACGUUAUCGUGGAGCCCCCUGGCAUCGGCUCCACCCAAGACCCCGCCACCGGCUCCGUUCGCCCCGUUGUCUUCCUUCCCGGCCGCGUUAACGGACAGUACAUUAUCGAGGGACUCUCCUCUGGCUUCAUGUUUGUGCUCGGCGGGAUUGGGAUCGUUCUCUUGGAUCUUGCGCUUGACAAGAACAGGGCCAAGAGCGUUAAGGUUUCCUAUGCCACUGCUGGAAUCUCCUCGGUUGUGAUUGCCUAUGUUAUGAGUAUGCUCUUCAUUCGCAUCAAGAUCCCAGCUUAUCUUAGAUGAAUUAAACGCUCGUAAACAGAAUGCAUCAUCUUUUGUUUUUAUUGAAUGAUAUAAACUUUGAGUUGAACAUUUAGCUAAGCGUAAAAGGUUUUGAAUUUCUACUAAAUUUCUUUGCUUUGUGGAUGUUUAUUAGUGUUUGAGUUUGAAAUCAACAUCGGCUUGGAUA